AUGGCCAGCAACUCCGAGGGAAGCACAGUAUCGCAAUCUUAUUUGCUGGUACAGGGAGUGACCGAAUACAUGAGGCUAGAAAAGAUAGAACCAAUAGGAACGGUUAUCAUCGGAGAAAAUGUUACUUUUAACUGUGCGGUGGUGAGAAACAUUGCCACCGUCGGUAUCGAUUUCAUGUACAAAGAUGAGAAGCUUGAAGGUACCUGGAUAUUCGACGACACAUUUAUAUGUAUAACACAGCUCACACUGCCGAAUGUGGGUCUAAAUCAUUCAGGUGAUAUAAUAUGUAAUGCUACCACUUUGUUCGGUUCGAAGUACGAGCAAAUCGUCACAAUGACAGUGAAAGAGCCAAUCGCUCCCCAUUUGCGUUCAAGUAAGAUCGCUCAAGAGGAUGUUGAAGUUGACGUAUUCUCUCUGAUGCAUCUCGAAUGUGACGCAAUCGGUACGCCUGAUCCUGAUAUAACAUGGUUUAAGAAUGGAAUGCCUAUCGUGUCCGAUAAUAAUAUUCAGUUGAACUACACGACGAUCAUAAUCGAAAAUAUAACCGAAACCCACUCUGGUCUUUACGAAUGCGUUGCCGAAAAUAAAAUAGGAAACACUACUACAUCCUGGAACCUUACCGUACGAAGCCCCAUAAGGGAGAAUUUUAUUGUAUAUAUCGUAAUGCCCCUUCUACUGUUGAUCAUAAUUAUUGCGAUUGUAUGCAUUUGGUGCUUGAAGAAGAAAAAGAAAAGUCCUGUCACCUUAAAUUUGGGAGUGGACAAUGUUGAAUACAUUAAUCCAAACAUACCACUCAUUGAACAAGUUGACCGGCUUCCAUAUAACACAAAAUACGAUUUUCCAAAGCAGCGACUGAAGCUUCUUACUCAAAUCGGAAGCGGAGCCUUUGGUGUGGUAAUGAAAGCAAUCGCCACCGGUAUCAAGGUACACGAGGAGUCAACGAUAGUCGCCGUAAAAAUAGUUAAGCAUAAACACGAUGAUGAUGCAAUGCGUGCCCUUCUAUCGGAGCUCAAGAUAAUGGUACAUCUAGGUCGGCACCUGAAUGUGGUCAACUUGCUUGGAGUUGUUACACAAAACAUUACAGAAUAUGAGCUAAUGGUUAUCGUCGAGUAUUGUCCGUUCGGAAACUUGCAGGACUACCUACAGAUGAACCGAUUUCGUUUCAUGGAUCAGUUAAGUCAACGAACGGGUGAGCUACUUAUAUCAAAAAGUGGCGAUUGUGACUAUCAGUACAAUGUCCAAGGAUUGAAAUAUGUGACAUUAUCGUUCUCUACCGACAAAGAAAACUGUCUUGAUAUGCAACCAUCGGGCGAAAAUCAACGGAACUCUGAACGUUCUACAGCAAUGAGCCCAACACAGAAUGGUGCCGAAAAUACAUUAGCUAGUGAAAAUCUUCAAUCGUUUGAAGCAGAUGACACACAUGGCAGUAAGAAUUGCAUAGCAGCUACUCGCUCCAUCAACACGACAGAUCUCAUUUGCUGGGCGGCACAAAUAGCCAGUGGAAUGGAAUACCUAGCGUCGCGGAAGGUCAUGCACGGGGACCUGGCAGCCCGGAACGUACUGUUAUGUGACGACAAUGUUGUGAAAAUUUGUGAUUUUGGCUUCGCUCGUUCAAUCUAUCGACAUAAUGUGUAUAAGAAAAGUGGAGAAGCAAUUCUUCCUUUCAAAUGGUUGGCUGUAGAAUGCAUAUCGGACAAUGUGUUCAACUCGCAAUCUGAUGUGUGGGCAUACGGUAUCCUUCUUUGGGAGCUAUUUUCAUUAGCAAUGUCACCGUACCCUGGACUAGAGGCGAAUCUACAGUUAUACCAGAUGCUACGGGAAGGAUAUAGGAUGGAGCAGCCUCAGUUUGCAAAUCUAGAAAUCUACGAAAUUAUGCUGAAUUGUUGGGCCGAAAAUCCGCAUUCGCGACCAUCGUUUCAGGAUUUAAGAGGCCGAUUCUACGCCAUGCUCCCUGAUAAAGUGCAAAAUUACUUUUCGAAACUGAACGAACCAUACAUUGCAAUGAAUUCGGAGAAUAUGAAACAAGACACAAUCCACCCGGCUGAAAAGGCUGAGUCUUCGCAAGAACUAGCCUUUCCGGAAGCUCAAUAUGUUAACUUUACAAAAACGGUUUUGUCACCCAUAUCCGAUGGAAAUCUCGAUCAUUUACUAAGCCUACAAAUAUCGGAAAACAUAGAGGAAACUGAUCAAGAUCCUGCUGGUAAGAAUCGGGUCGACUUGGAACAGAUGACAUCUCAGUAA